AUGGACCAAGAACCAGAAUUCAUCGAAGCUCCCAAAAGCGCCUACCUGCUUUAUUGUGACGCUAAACGCCCAAAUAUUCGUCGAGAAAAUCCGUACUUAAGGAAUAAUGAAGUCAACAAAAUAAUAUCAUCCCAAUGGAAGCGUGCGACGUCUCACGAGAAAUUGCCAUUCGUUACGGAAGCGAAACGGCUGAAAUCUAUCCAGAAGAAGUAUUUCGGUGAGAUCCAGAAACCAUUCAAUGCGUAUCUCAUAUGGAUAAAUGAGCAACGAAAAGAGCUCAAGAAUCAAGAAAAAGAAAAAGCGCAGAGUAAAACUAUUGUGUCUGAAUUGGCAGCGAAAUGGAAGACAAUGACAAUGGAUGAAAAACUACCGUAUUUGGAGCAAGAGAGGAUUCAAAAAGAGGAAUAUCAGAAGGCAGUGAAUCAAAUCAAAACUGAUCUCAACUUGAAGUAUCGAGCGAAACCUGGCAGGAACCAGCCGAGAAAUUCCUAUAUGAUUUUCUAUAAAAUGAAAAAAGAGGAGAGUGGGAAAGUGAACAAAGCGUUGGUUGAGGAAUGGAGAAAAAUCUGGAAAAAUAUGAAUGAUGAAGAGAAGAAGCCGUUUAGAGAGGAGGCGGAGAAAGGGAAAGCUAAGACAGAGAUCUCGAAUCCGGAAGACGCAAUUCAAGAACAUGAUGAAGAGAGCGACUCGUCUCUUUCAAAUCCACUCUCUCCAAUAUCUGAGGCUCACUCGAAAAGCGGGAAUCCGUCACGAUCUUCCUCUCUCGAACCAUUAGACUACUUUUCUGAAAUUGUGGUGUUGGACAAUGACGAACAGAAGAGUCUUGAAAAUAUCGAGCCAACAUUGAAAAUUUCUGAAAACUUUCCAUGGGAACUUGCUUUGAAAAGUAUUCUUUAA